AUGAGCAAGAAGGAUCUCUGCCUUGUCCAGGUCGGGGACAGCGCGUUAGCAAGUAGGAUGAGCACAGCUGUAUUUGAGAACAGAGAAUGCAGCGGGUCCUCAGAGCAAGAGGGAGCAGGAAAUGAGGUUGGAGAACUUGACAGGGACCAGCAGAAUAUAAGUGCCAUAAAAGCAGGCCCUUUCUAUUUUGACAACAGCAACUGCAAAAGUACCUUGCACACGGAUGAACAUGAAAAGCAGCGGUUAUGCAAGAGCACCGAUUAUAUGAAUUUGCAUUUCAAAGUGAAAUGGUUUUAUAAUGAAUAUGUGCGAGAACUUCCUGCCUUCAAGGAUGCCGUUCCUGAAUACUCCUUGUGGUUUGAACCUUUUGUCCUGCAGUGGCUAGAUGAGAAUGAAGAUGUGUCAAUGGAGUUCCUUCAUGGAGCCCUGGGAAGAGACAAAAAAGAUGGAUUCCAGCAGACAUCUGAUCAUGCACUCUUUUCUUGCUCUGUGGUUGAUGUCUUUGCUCAGCUUAAUCAGAGCUUUGAGAUUAUUAAGAAACUGGAAUGCCCCAAUCCUGAAGCAUUAUCUCACUUAAUGAGAAGAUUUGCAAAGACCAUCAAUAAAGUUCUGCUUCAGUAUGCUGCAAUUGUAUCAAGUGAUUUCAGUUCAUAUUGUGAUAAGGAAAAUGUGCCCUGUAUAUUGAUGAACAAUAUUCAGCAGUUGCGGGUUCAGCUGGAAAAAAUGUUUGAAUCCAUGGGAGGAAAAGAGCUAGACCCUGAAGCUAGUACUAUUCUAAAAGAACUUCAAGUUAAACUCAGUGGGGUUCUGGAUGAGCUCAGUGUCACUUAUGGUGAAAGUUUCCAGCUUAUCAUUGAAGAGUGCAUAAAACAAAUGAGUUUUGAACUAAAUCAAAUGAGAGCAAAUGGAAAUACAGCGUCAAAUAAGAACAGUGCAGCAAUGGAUGCAGAGCUUGUUUUAAGACCUCUCAUGGACUUUUUGGACAAAAUAUUAAGUCUCUCAGCAAAAAUCUGUGAGAAAACAGUCCUGAAGCGAGUAUUGAAAGAGCUGUGGAAACUAGUUCUUAACAAAAUAGAAAAACAAAUUGUUCUCCCUCCUCUGACAGAUCAAACAGGCCCCCAGAUGAUUUUCAUCGCAGCUAAAGAUCUGGGACAACUAUCCAAACUGAAGGAGCACAUGAUUCGGGAGGAUGCUAAGGGUCUGACACCGAGACAGUGUGCUAUAAUGGAAGUGGUCCUGGCUACCAUCAAGCAAUACUUUCAUGCAGGAGGAAAUGGCCUGAAAAAGAAUUUCUUGGAGAAGAGCCCAGAUCUUCAGUCUCUGAGAUACGCUCUCAGUCUUUAUACCCAAACUACUGAUGCCUUGAUAAAGAAAUUCAUAGACACGCAAACCUCACAAAGUAAUUACCUUCAACCAUGCUCUGUGGAAACUAUCUCCAUCUCCUCCCUACCUAUCAUCUCAUCCCCCAGUGGUCCCCAGCCCAGCAUGAUCAGGCCCAAAGAUCCUGAGGUGUGA